AUGGGCAAUUUGGCUCGGUUGAUUGCUUUGAAGCGUCCUUUAGCCAUGAAGGUUCAGACUCUGGCUAACAGUCUUGUGCAGCUUGAUAUUUCAGAUCCGAGUAGAGUUUUGUCUUGUGUUGAGGUGAGAUCAUCGCUUCUGGAUCAGAUUAAGGCAAAACAGUUCGAGGAUGCUAAGUUGUGCAAGAUUCGUGAUAAAGUUUUGAGUGGUGAGGCCAAGGAGGCCAUGAUUGAUAGUGAGGGAGUCUUGAGGAUCAAGGGACUUGUUUGCAUUCCACGUGUUGAUGAUUUGAUUAGGACAAUCUUAGAGGAGUCCCACAAUUUUGUUGCUAAGUGUCGAAAUUGUCAGCAAGUCAAGUAUGAGCACCGGCGACCUGGUGGUGUGCUUCAGAAGAUCCCUAUUCCCGAGUGGAAAUGGGAGAGGAUUCCUAUGGAUUUCGUUGUUGGUCUUCUGAAGACCCUGGAGAAGUUGGUCGAGAUCUAUAUCUGUGAGCUUGUUUGUUUGCAUGCGAAUUUGUCUUAUGAGGAGGAGCCGAUAGCCAUCUUGGAUAGAGAGGUUCGAAAGUUGAGACCGAAGAAAAUAGCUUUAGUGAAAGCUCAGUGGAAGCAUCGCUCAGUCGAGGAUGCUACUUGGGAGACCCAGUCUGAUAUGCGUAGUAGAUAUCCCCAGCUUUUCACCUAG